UUACAUAUAGCUAUAUUCAGAUCAAAACUUAUUCUAAUCAAACUAGAACUAUUCCGAUCAAAUGAAAAGAACAAGCCAAAUAUGAAUUCUUUUUUGAAAAUUUAAAAAAAUUUGGGAUCAUGCUUGGCGUCACUGGUUGGGUUUUCAAAAAAUCGCAAAAUUUAUUCCAUUCCCUCCGAGGGAAAAGUUGCAUUCUCCUGCAUAAGGAAGCUGAAAGCUGCGAAUUUCCGCUUGUCCAACAAUGGUGCUCCAUCAAACCAAUCAACUCUCGUCCCGCAAACGCCCCCCCAAAUCCAACACCAACAAUUUCGUUCCUCCCUUUGCUCACCCUGCCAAAAUCUCCAAAACCGCACCUGCCGCCGCACCCGCUACAGCUGCUGCUGUUUCGCAAUCAGCGCCUGCGCAGAAAUGCCAAAGCAUGACCGCUUCCGAUAAAAUGGUCGCAGUUCUAGCUGAUGCCGGAUGCACUCUAAUCAACCCGUCCGGCCCACCGUGCCUACCGUCUGACCUCCCCAAGCUCCGCCACCGCCUCAACCACCUCUUCUCAUCCGACUCCACGUUGCGCUCUGAGUUCCUACGCGGGCUUUGUUCUUAUAUUAGCUUGCCCAAUAAUCUUCGCCGUAUGUUAUCACAUUCAAAUCGUGAUGGCUUGGGUUCAGUGAGAAGUGAUAGUGUGAUUAGAAUACUGUUACUUGUUCCUUCUAUUCAGUUAGACAUUCAAAACAUGUUGCUUGAGAAGCUUCCAGAAUACUUUGAUCUCGACGUUGGUGGAUCAUUAUCGUCUUCCCGAUUCGAGGAUGACAUUGCCAGGCUAAUAUUGAACCAAUUUCGGUGGCUUGAUUUCCUUGUGGAUUCCGAUGCAUUUAUUGAUCGAUUGUUACAAGUAUUGUCAAUUUGCCCUCAUCACUUGAAGAGGGAAAUAAUUGGAUCCUUGCCUGAGAUUAUAGGGGACCAGAACAACAAAACUGUGGUAGAUUCACUCCAACAUAUGCUUGAAGAGGAUCCCUCUGUCAUUAUUCCCGUGCUUGACUGUUUUUCUUAUCUCCAUUUGAAUGACACUUUGAAAGAACAGGCUGUUUCAAUAGCAUUAUCUUGCAUCAGAACAGCUGAUAUGGAUCAUAUGCCACACCUCUUGAGAUUCUUAUUGCUCUCUGCCACACCUGCAAAUACCCGUCGAAUAAUAUCACAUAUCCGGGAACAGUUAAAAUUACUUGGAGGAUUUAGUUGUCAAGCAUCACAACAGGGUAAAAUGAAAGGGAAGUCUAUUUUAAAAAAUGGGGAUGCUUCAGUUCUUGAUGCUUUGAGAUCAAGUCUUCAAUCUAAUAAAAUAAUUUGUCAGGAAACAUUAAAAGAACUCAAAAGCCUUGAGAAAGCUCGGGAUCAUAAAGCUAUUGAUAUGUGGCUACUCAUUCUAAUAUACACAAAUAAUGAGUCUUUGCAAAAAAGUGUUGAAAAGUUACUGAAAAACAAAGUUGUUGAAGGUUUUAUCGAGAAAACAUUGUUUGAUAGAUAUGUUCAAGGGAAUAAGGCUGUGGCACAGGAUUAUCUUCCCACAUUUAUCUCCAUUUCUGGGUACUUAUUGGGGUGUAAAGAACAAAAAGCACAUGAGUUUGGCAUUCAUAUGUAUAAAUGUUUAUUUGAAGAGUUUGCGGAUAGCUAUUCAAGACAAGAACUUUUAGGAGCACUUGUCACUCAUGUGGGCUCUGGUAUUAGUCAUGAAGUGAGCUCUGGGUUGGAAGCCAUGGAACUUCUCGCCUCCAAGUAUUCCCAUGAGUUGAUUCCUCUUUCUUCUUACAUAAUGGGUAUAUUGGAUUACUCUGAAGGAUUUAGCCUUGAAAAUUUGCACAAGGUAUAUGAAGCUUUUAGCCAUCUUGCUCUAUCAGCAAGAUCUCAUGCAGGGUCCAUAUCUUCUAUUUCAAAUGAACUUCUAAUGAUUGUAAGAAAGCAGGUGACUAAUCCUGAUUUCAGAUAUAAAAAGAUGGGCAUAAUUGGGAUGGUCAAGAUAGUUUACUAUUUUGGAGCUGAGGUGGUUUAUACUUCCCAACUCUCAUCUCAGAAAUCAAAUCUUGAUGAAGCUCUGGACCUUUUGAGAAUAUCAUUGGAAUCUUGCGAACAAAUGCCAUUGGCACUAAUUAUGUUAUAUGAUGAAUUGGUUUUGACAUUGAAAAGCCAGACUCUUCAUCCAUCCAUUACAGAAAGGAUUGCCAAUUGUGUAGGAGAUUUUGAAUCAAAGUAUUUAUCAGAUCUUGAUGUUGGUCAGCUGCCAAGUAAAGAGUUGCAUUGUGGUUUGGAAGGAGAAUUGUGGAUGAACCUGGAUGGGGAUAUCUCUCCUAUAUGUGUGAACUUCUUGCCACUUGUUUCCUCUUUAUUGCGGUCUGCUCCCUCACUGCAAGUAUUACCUGCACAUAUCAGCUUGCUUUCUACAAUUGAGAGAUUGACAAAUCAAGGAUCACUUUUAGGCAUUGAUGCACUUCUUGGCUGCCCUUUGCAUCUCCCGUCAUCCAAGAUCUUUUCUAUACCUUCUUGGGAGUCAUUGAAUGGGAAUCAAAAACGAAUUAUUAUUCUUUCAUUGUAUUACGCUGCUAAUUGGAUCCGAGAACUACUCAAUGCCUUCUACUCACAAGUUACUGACAAAUGUAACUGUGUAAGCCAAGAAAGCAAGGGGGGGAUAACUCUUAAACUACUUAAGCGGCUGAGGAAUCUUUUGUAAGUUAUUAUACAGUUGCUACAUACAAUAAAAUAUUCCUUCAAGAUUUUGGUAUCUCGUAUAAUUAUAUUGAGUAAUUAUUUUGGAUCAGUACUCUCUCUCUUGAAGAAUUUGAAUUCUAUAUAUUUUGUUAUUCCAACAUACGCCUUCCAUAGUUUUGAAAGACGAGAGGCAAGCGAGAGGACCUUUUUUUAAGGUGAGCGGCGAGGCAAGUGGCGGGCGGUUCAAAAGGCGAACACUGGGUGUGUAUAAUACACACACACACACAAAGUAUAUUUGAAAUAUAUAGUUAUGCAACUU